AUGGCCGGAUUUCAGAAGCUGCUCGUUUCUUUGCUUGUCUUCCUAGGCGUUACCUUCGUCUACUUCGCCCAGACGGCGGAGGCCGCCAAGGGCCCCAAGAUCACCCACAAGGUCUACUUCGACAUCAAGCAGGGCGAUGAGGACCUAGGCCGCAUUGUUAUGGGCCUUUACGGCAAGACCACCCCCAAGACUGCGGAGAACUUCCGUGCUCUUGCCACUGGCGAGAAGGGCUUCGGUUAUGAGGGCUCUACCUUCCACCGUGUCAUCAAGGACUUCAUGAUUCAGGGUGGCGACUUCACCAACGGCGAUGGCACCGGCGGCAAGUCCAUCUAUGGCCAGAAGUUCCCCGAUGAGAACUUCAAGAUCAAGCACACCAAGAAGGGUGUUCUGAGCAUGGCCAACUCUGGCAAGGACACCAACGGCAGCCAGUUCUUCAUCACCACUGCCGUCACGUCGUGGCUCGAUGGCCGCCACGUCGUGUUCGGCGAGGUCCUCGAGGGCUACGAUGUCGUCGACAAGAUCCAGAAUGUGGCCAAGAAGCCGGGCGACAAGCCCGUGGUGAACGUGGUCAUCGCCAAGAGCGGCGAGCUGGAAGUCCCUGAAGAAGAUACUACUUUCGGCACAGCCGAGUUCGUGGCAGGAGCAGGGGAGGAGGCGGAGGCAGAGAAGGUCGAGGAGCAUAGCAGCCCCUCUGCCGGGUUGAGCCUUGGGCAGAAGCUGUUCGGCUUGGGCGUCAUUGGAGGGCUCGUCUUCCUCUUUGUGCGGUACCACUCGAAGGCUGAAAAGUGGGACAAGACCAUGGCUUAA